AUGGCUCAAGACCAACCUAAAGAAUAUAGUCUUCAUGCUGUGUCGCCGGUUUCCACGAAUUCGCCUUCAAAACCGACAAAACGACCAAAUGUGGCUAGUACGUCGGCGGAGCCAGCGGCACCAACUGCCAUGCCCACCGUAAUUCCGGUACCGCCGUCGAUUGGGAGAAGAAAGGGUAAUGCUAUGUACAAGAAGAAUGUGUUCACCAAGGAUCAGGCGCCGAAGAAGAAUGUGGCUUCAUUCAAACAAAGGUAAGUUUAGGUAACUACUUUGUUGGUUUUUAGGUAAAAAGUGAGAAUGGAUAUGACUGUAAAGUUAGAUUGGGCUGUUAUCGGUGUAAAAUAAGGUUUGGCAGAUUGUAAUAGAUGAAAUGAGGUUUGAACAGAUGUUUAGGUAUGAAAUCAGCUUUGAAAACGUUUUUAGGUGUAUAAAUAGUGUUGGAGAAGACUUUUAGAUACUAGAGGAAAUAAUACAUGAAUUUUAGAUACAGAAUAAGCUGUUUUUGGGGUUUUAGGUAUAAAAUUAAAUGUUAUUUUAGAGCUAGGUAUCGAUUUAAGGUUUGAGUAGAUUUUUAAGUACAAGUAGCGAUCUAAUAACUUCUAGGCUCACAAACUUUUAAAUUACUAAAAUUAGAAAUGUUUUAGUUUUAUGGGAGGAGUCGAGCCAUCUCAACACACAGCCAUUGGCGAUGACAAAGUUAUGUCCCAUCCACGUCUUGGAGUACCAUUGACACCAGUUCGAAAGAAGACAAGUAUCAUAGAUGAUAAUAAGAGCUUGGUGUUGGAUAACACUCUGAACAGUCUGAGUUUGAGCAAUAAGGUUGCAUCACCGCAUCCGAGCAAGAAGGAGGAUGCGUCACCAUUGAAGCUUCAAUCACCCCAAAAGUUCACAUCCACCAACGUUCCAAUAAGUCAAGCGGCGGAGGACAAAAUCAUACCGGAUUUUGAUUACGCCAAGCUGUUGGAUCGACAUUAUGCUAGUGUUCAACCGGCGGUAAGGGAUUGGAAUUUGGGGGCUUGGAACGUGAUAUUAAUGUGCAACGGGUAGACCUGAAGUGGGGCUUACUAGGCCCGGGGUGGGGAGCAGGACUUUUCGGGUAGGGACAUUUCGGGUAGCGACUUUUCGGGUAGGACUUUUCGGGUAGGGACUUUUCGUGUAAGGGCUUUUCGGGCAAUGGAUAUUUCGGGCAAUGGUAAUUUCGGGUAGAGAUUGUUCGGGUAGCUAGUUUUCGGGUUAUCGACCUUCCGGUGUGGGUGGGCUAGGCCGAAGCAAAUUUGAAAGGGAAUUUUCGCAAGGCAAAUCUUUCGUUGUGGGACCUAAGUUAGAUCCUUGGGGUCCUCAUUUGAGCACUAGGGCUCACAAUUGCCGCAGGGGAGACCAAAUACAAAUUGUUUCAAAAAAAACUUUGGGCGGGGUAAAUAAGAGAGGCGGAACUACAAUUGUGAUUAUUAAAAACUAAAUUUCAGAUUAAAAAAGUAAAAUACGACAAAUCCGAGAUCCGAACGGUCACAGCAAAAGCGAUUCUAGAUCUGGCAGCUGAGCCAACACUGAUCGACGUACGAGCUGGUCUAUAUGUCUGCGGAGACAUUCAUGGACAGUUCAAUGAUCUGAUCAACAUGUUCAUUUUGUUAGGAAGACCGCCGACUCAACGAUACCUCUUUUUGGGAGAUUAUGUGGAUCGUGGAGCUAUGUCGUUGGAGUGCAUCAUGAUGUUGUUGACUUAUAAGGUGGGAUUUGUGAUGUAUUAUGGAAUAUAUUGAUAGGAGUGGGAUGUAAGAUGCAUCAAAAGAACAUGAUGUUUGUUUUAAUGAGGGCAUGUAAAAGUUAGAGUUUUGAAAUGGUUUUAACCUUACAAAAAUAGUGUUUAGAUAUGUAAGAGUAUGUAAAUUGAAAUUUUUAAAUUUAUCUUUGCUUUCUAGGUUUAAAUUUAGGGUAAAGCUAUGUUAAUUAUUCCAAAGUAAAACUAAAGCUUUGUUAAUAACUUUUAAGUUUUAGAUCCUAUAUCCACAACAUGUGUACCUUCUUCGUGGAAAUCACGAAUGUGCCAGAGUGAACAAGAAGUAUGGAUUUAUUGACGAAUUGGAACAGGUUUUUGGGCCAAACGCGGGACAAGCUAUCUGGGCUAUCUUUCAGGUAAUAAUGACGUUUUUGGGUUUUAAACUGGGAUUUAGAGGUUGAUAUGGGGUCAUACUAUAAGAUUUUUGAGCUGUUUUGGGGCUAAUCUUUGAUGAUUCUGAUAAUUUAAUUUUUUUUUAGUUUAAACUAACAUUAAAUUUGAUAUUUAUAAAUUUUUUACUAAUUUUGGCCUUAUUUUAUGGCCAUUCCCUUUAUGCUUUUACAAUUUCAGAGAGUAUUCAAUGUUCUUCCAGCUGGAGCAAUAAUCGAAAAGAAGAUCAUUUGCAUGCAUGGUGGACUGUCUCCGCUGAUGUACGAUAUCAACACGAUUCGAGCCGAAAAGAAACCCAUCAAGAAUCCAUCGAAAGUAAGGUGUUAUUGUUUUUCUUUUGAUUUUUAGGUUUUUUUGCUUAUCUUCAUAGACUAUGAGCUUGAUUUCUUGGACUGUGGGCUGGAUUUUAAAGUUUUUUUGUGGUUUUGGGUGAUUACUCCUAUGAAUUGCGUAACUUUGUCUUUUUUAGUUUGUUUUUGAGCUUCUUCUAGAUUAAUAAGAAGCUCAGAAUCUAAAAUUGAUAUUUUAGUAGUUGUAUCUUGAUUUUAGUUUUAUUUUAUGGGAAUGAUGUUCUGAGUUUCAUUUAUUUUUGUUGUUCUAGGGCAUCAUCAAUGACAUGUUAUGGGCAGAUCCUCAACACGACGUUAACUUUUGGAGAACUAGCUUGAGAGGCUCUGGAUUUUGUUUUGGUGAUAAAGUAGGUUUAAAAUAGGGUAUUAUCAAUGUUGUUAAAUGUUUUUUUUAGGUUUUUAAUGCUUGGUUUAGUUUACAUAAGGUUGCUUUAUGAUAGAAUAUUAAUAAUUUUUGUAAAGAAUAAGAAUAAAACAAGAUAAUUUAAGGUAGUAGACGAGAUUCUAGCCACAAACAAUCUAGAAUUGAUUUUGAGAGCUCAUCAGAUAUGCAUGGACGGUUUCUGGGUGUUUAACGAUAGAAAACUGGUUACCAUCUUCUCAGCACCCUCCUACUGCAAUAUGUUCGACAAUGCAGCAGCUGCGUUGAGAGUUGAUGCGAAUUUAAGGUGCAGAAUGGUAGCUUUUGUCCCAGAGAAUGUAAGUUUGGCUGUUUUUUAAAAUUUUAUGAAUUUAGGUUUGGUGGAUUCAUUAUGAUGAAGUUUUAUACUCUGCUAUAUAUUUUACCUUUCUGAAGCGUUUAUAAUCAAAAAAUGAUUCAUUUUUUGUUUAUGUUAGGUUGUUCAAAUAAUUUUGCGCUCCUUCUCAAAGAAAAUUUUCGGGGUUACGGCACAGAAUUAUUUGAUCAACCUAAUAUUUGUUGCUUUGGAGUAUAUUUGGCUAACAUUGCAAUGUACAUUGUUAUGAUUUUAGCCCGAAGUCAAGAACAUGAUCACGGUCCAACGCACGUUAUGGUCUCCGCCACCAGCGGAUCCUCGCGAUCUACAAGAAGGAUCUCCGGACAAACCUCUCCCUCAACCAUGUUGA